AUGGCGCCCAAGAGUGAGCCGGCUGUGCGGCCCACGGGCAGGAAGGGCACGGCAGGGAAAACAGCGAGUACCCAGAAUACGGAAAAAGCUAACGAACCGAGAAUUACUUUUACGGACUGGGAAGGCAGGAAAACAGCAGAAGUGAUUUUAGAAGAGAAAUCACCUGAAACCACCUUUUUAGCUUGCAGCUUUCAUGGGGACUAUAUACAGUUAGCUUCGAAAGAGCAGGAAGAGGAGAAGGAGAAAGCAGAGAAAGAAAGACACGAAGAGAAAGAUUCGAACGAGGCAGAAUCUCAUUUUCCAUCAACAGUUCUAUACUCCUCAAGCUUUAGUUACUCAGCAGUCAACAAGAAGCUUCUUCAGCCAUCCAAAUCUCUCAAUAGCCUCUUCAAAGUUCAAACCUCCAACAAGAACUCCUUAUCCUUCUCCAACCUCUCCAUAGCUUUGGCCUCCAAGCUAAUCUCCACAUCAAUGCUCCUCCCCCCACUUUUACCCGGGUACAAAUACACCAUCCCGUCAAACCGGUUGUUCGACCCGCUCCUCACGCUUUCCGGGCUUCCCCACCCGAAAUCCACCUCGUACACCUUAAACCUCGGCGAACUCCCGACCGCCACGCAGUUCACUCCCGCGUCCUUGUACUGA